UGACAGCCUGGGUCGCUCUAGGCCCUCUCCCCGCAUGACGUUGUCUCCGCCUCCUCUCGCUACAGCUGGCCCUCAUUCUGCAGCUGGCGACUUCAAGCUGCCACUCGUCCUCUAGCAUACGCUCAGCGAUGCUCUUUCCCGCGAGUACUUGUGUUCGUUGGUGAUGUGCUGCGCAGUGCACCGUUGCUGGCAUAUCUCAUUACGUUCGGCUGACACAUCGCUGUGUCUUGUGCCCUGCAACUGCAUUCCUGCUGUCGAUCAGGUUCUCAGCACGAAGCUGUCGCCCUCGAACCCUAUUCUAGCGGCAAUCCGUCCGGCAAUACGACUUUGUCACUUUCCGUUCUUACACUACCUCCGCCUAAUGAACUUCGUCCAUUGUUUGCUACGAAUCAUACAUCUGUGCGAAUCUCCACGUCCGAAUAACCUAGACUUGGCCACAAGAGGUACAUGCUUGUAUGAGGGUGUGGGUGCCUUCUACAUGCCUGAUCGUCCAGAUGCGCUGUCAUCUCGUCACUCGCGCAAGGGAACAAGUACACGGCCGUGGGUGUUUGUGCCUUGCGUCGUUGAAAUUGCCUUCGGUCCAAUCUCGGUGCAUGAGUUGAUUGCCCAUGUGGUGAAUCGCUCCCGCCCUCGCUCUUACCGACGCUUCAGUCCUUUGCAAGCGGCGCAUGCAGGCCUAGUUUAGCAAUUUCUCGGCAUCGCCGAUCCCGCCCGUGUUUCGAGAAGCUGCCGCAGGUGGAUGGAUCUUUGCUUCUGGCAUUGUGUCCAGAAGUACUCGAUGCUUCUCUUUUCAUCCUUGGAGGCUUCGGUCUGGCAGCUACCGUCUCCAAGCCUCAAUGCUGAGGUUCACUUUGGUCUAAGGGCGUCUUUGCAUACCUAGCGCGAUCUUAGCCGCAAUUUAUUAAGCCAGACUUUAUACAGCUCACG